AUGUUUCUACCGUUCUUAGUUGUAACAGCUACAAUCCAAGAUAAUGAAGCAAGAUCACAAGAAAAUCAUAUACCUUAUAAGAUUAUAGUUGAAAAUGCGAAAAGCAGGAAAAACAAGGAAGAAAUAGCAAAAAUUAUAAAAUAUUUAAAUAGUUAUUCUAAAACAGAAUUUGAACAAAAUGGCGAUAACACUAUAGAAGACGCAGAUGCAGAGGGUUUAAAGCUGACUGAUUUGAUGGAAUUGGCACAGAAAAAUUACGACACCAGAGUAGCCAAUGAUGAUUUAGUGGCUGCACCUAUCUCAUCUAGAGUUCACGUUAUAAAAAAUCCUGAAGUUCUAAAGGACUACAUCGAAGCUCUAAGAAAAGGACAUAGCACAUCGGAUAGUGAUGACAGCUCUUCAGAUUACGAUAGAAUAGACAAUGAGUAUGCUGACAUAAGAAGGAAAGCUGAGCCACGAUAUCGUAACGGUAUUCUAUUUUUACUGAAAAUGUUACAGAAGGCUUACGGUGAAUCGACUUUAUCAAAAACUCGUGCUUAUGAGUGGUGCAAAGCGUUCAAAAGCAGUCGAGAUGUGAUGGAAGAUUUGCCUCGCUCUGGUAGGCCAUCAACGUCUGCAACUGAAGUUAACAUCGCAAAACUGAAAGAAAAAGAAACUGAAAAUCCUAAAUCAACUUUGAGUGAGAUAGCCAACGAACUCCUGUAUCUCACGAGUUGA